UUUUACCUCCUCUUAAUUCUCGACUGUGAAGCCCUGCAAAUCUAUAACGCCGCCGCACUGAGAAUCUUUCCGGCGCUUAAUUUUCUCCGGGCCAAUUCUAAAAAGCGAUGGGCUUCACGAAAGAGCAACUUCUUUCUCGUUUGGAGGAGCUUCAAGUAGAUUUUUCCAAAUACGAGCAUCCUGUUGUUUUGACAGUCGAGGCUCAGGCAAAAUAUGUCGGCCACAUAAAAGGUGGACUGAGCAAAAAUCUAUUUUUGAAGGAUAAGAAGCAAAGAUAUUACUGUGUCUCGGCUUUGGCGGAGACGAAGGUAGAUCUGAAAGUUCUGUCUCAGAGGCUCGGUUUGGGGAAAGGAGGUCUAAGAAUGGCUCCAGAAGAAGCACUCGGAGAAAUUCUUCAGGUGCCUCUAGGCUGUGUUACUCCUUUUGCACUUGUGAAUGAAUCAGCGAGGCAAGUUUCUUUGCUGUUAGAUCAAGGGUUUAAAGCUCAUGAAUGCUGUUUCUUCCAUCCAUUGUCUAAUGACAUGUCAAUCGCUCUUAAUACUCGUGAUCUUGACAAGUUUCUGAAUUCAAUCGGGAAAACCCCUGCUUAUGUUGACCUGGAGGCUAACCCGACAGUAGGGAAGGAUCAACCUCCAGAUCUAGCUACUCUCGUUCCGUCUGAUGCAACAGUCUCGGUUGAACUUCUAGAGAAACUGAAUGGUAUCUCUGUCAACAAUCAACCAACAACUGUUAAAGUGGCAAAAGAUGUAAAACCGUCAAAUGUUUCUACAAAAGAGAUAUCGUCUAGUGCUGUCAACUCACCGCUCUCCUACGCCGACCCUGAUAAAUUUGUUGAAGAAAUUUUGGAGAAGACAAAAUCCAUGUUUUUCUCAGAGAUUAAAGAGGAGAACGCAGAGAAAUACCGGGAACAACUUGCUACUAAACUCAGAGUGGAGUUGAAGAGCAUUGCUACAAUGUUCAAGAACACGGCAUACACAGAAGGCUUCAAGGCUGGUAUUCAUCAUCAGCCGAAGAGAAUGUAAUAUUAUUGACAUUCAUCGAAGACAUAUACCGAAGCAAAUAUCGGAGAAAAAGCUGUUUGACCUCGAAUUCUUAUCCCUAUAACAUUUUUUUCAAUUAUUUUAGUAACCUGUUCUUGGACUGCUGUAUGACACUUUCUUAGUUUAGUUGAGACCUUUUAAAUAUUUGAGCACUUAUAUGAUUAUAUAUAUAUCCUUAUUAUAUUAUAUUUAUUGAGUUUCGAAUAAAUCUAAGUUAGUUGUGUUUGGAAA